UAUAGGAAUUUAUACUUAAAUUAAAAUAAAAAGGACCCAUUUUUAUUUUUUGUUUUGUCCAAAAUGGAGCUGCCGGAGAUGGAAUCAAUGGCGACGGCGAUCGGAGUAUCGGUACCUGUGCUUCGAUUUCUACUCUGUUUUAUCGCCACCAUUCCGGUGAGCUUCCUCCGCCGUUUUGUUCCUUACGCCACCGGAAAACACCUAUACGCCGCCGUGAUGGGCGGUUUUUUGUCCUACUUGUCGUUUGGAUUCUCUUCGAAUCUUCAUUUUUUGGUGCCUAUGGUUUUGGGUUACGGUUCUAUGGUUGUAUCGAGGAGUUAUUGUGGGAUCAUCACUUUCUUCAUUGCUUUUGGUUACCUUAUUGGAUGCCAUGUUUACUACAUGAGUGGGGAUGCGUGGAAGGAAGGAGGUAUUGAUGCAACAGGAGCUUUAAUGGUGGUAACACUAAAAAUAAUUUCAUGUGUUAUCAAUUACCAAGAUGGAUUGUUGAAGGAGGAGGAUUUGCGUGAGGCUCAGAAGAAAAAUCGUUUGCUCAAGUUGCCAUCUGUACUUGAGUACUUUGGUUACUGUCUGUGUUGUGGAAGUCAUUUUGCUGGUCCAGUGUAUGAAAUGAAGGAUUACCUUGACUGGACGGAGAGAAAAGGCAUCUGGAAAUCUACUGAGAAAGGACAUCCAUCACCUUUUGGGGCAACUUUGAGGGCUCUUCUUCAAUCUGCUUUUUGUAUGGGGUUGUACCUCUACUUGGUGCCUCUUUACCCGCUUACCAGGUUCUCUGACCCACUAUACCAAGAAUGGGGUUUCUUGAAACGGUUGAGUUACCAAUAUAUGGCGGGAUUUACUGCGCGGUGGAAAUAUUAUUUUAUCUGGUCAAUCUCAGAAGCCUCUAUCAUUAUUUCUGGCUUGGGGUUCAGUGGUUGGACAGACUCUUCUCCACCGAAACCACGAUGGGACCGUGCAAAAAAUGUUGACGUAUUGGGUGUUGAGUUGGCAAAAAGUUCAGUUCAGUUACCUCUUGUAUGGAACAUUCAAGUCAGCACCUGGCUGCGACACUAUGUAUAUGAGAGGCUCGUACAGAAGGGAAGGAAGCCUGGUUUCUUCCAGUUGCUGGCUACACAGACUGUCAGUGCUGUAUGGCAUGGACUAUAUCCAGGGUACAUUAUAUUCUUUGUUCAGUCCGCUUUGAUGAUUGCUGGAUCAAGAGUCAUUUACCGAUGGCAGCAAGCUACAAAAGGUACUCUGUUUGAGAAGAUACUAACAUUGAUGAACUUUGCGUACACCCUGUUGGUUCUAAACUACUCCGCUGUUGGCUUCAUGGUAUUAAGUCUGCAUGAAACGCUCACUUCUUAUGGAAGUGUGUACUAUAUCGGAACCAUUAUACCGAUUGUACUAAUCCUGCUCGGUAAAGUGAUUAAGCCAGCAAAACCUGCGAGAUCUAAAGCUAAGAAAGAAGAGUGAGUUUGAUCGUGCUUCUCGAGAUGGUUGCUUAGAUUUUUUCAGAGAAAAAUUAGAGCUUUGCUUCUUCUAUUUGUUUUAUGAGUCUGUAAAACAUCUCUUCUAGUUGCUGGUAAAGCAAUUUGUUUGAGCACAAUAGGACCUUUAACAUUUUUUCCUUCAAAUUUACUGGCUACCAAAAAUCAUGUAGCCAACUGUGUAAUUUCUAAUAGCAUCUGGGCAAAAAGAAGUUAUUGAGAAGUUUUGCUUUUGCAUC